AUCUAUGUUCUGUGUUCUAUCGUUCGCAUCUGAUCGCAUCGCAUCGUUUAUUUGGAUUUGGAGUGUCGGUGUCGUCAAGCUGGAUCCGCGUUUUCUCUCGCUCGUCACGUGACUAUCCUCUCUCCGUGGGAAAGCGGCGUCGAAACUGGUCGCGUUCCGGAAUAAACCUCUCUGCAACAAGGAUGAGCGACGACGAUCGGGACAUCGACAUCGAGAGCGAUGACGGCGAAGAUUCAGAUUCCAGACUACGGCAUUCCAACAACACGCAAUAUUGUUCUCAGGCAGAGAAAAGAGCGCAUCAUAAUGCUUUGGAAAGAAAGCGGCGGGAUCAUAUCAAGGACAGCUUCUCGAAUCUGCGAGAUUCAGUACCAUUUUUGCAAGGAGAAAAAGUUGCCAGCAGGGCGCAAAUCUUGAAGAAGGCAGCAGAUUACAUCCAAUUUAUGCGGCGCAAGAAUGCUACUAACCAGCAAGCCAUAGAUGAUCUCAAGAAACAGAAUAGUAUUUUGGAAGCUCAGAUUCGUGCGUUAGAGAAAUCUAAUAAGAUUACCGGCAACUAUGCCGAGACUUGCGAGAUAACCAAGUCUGAAUCAGGAGGUGGCUACAACGAUACCGAAUCGGAAUCCUCCGACAGCGAGACUGGCCGAGCAAUUCGGCAACCAAAGAAGCUGAAAGUCACCGGCCUCCAUCAUUGACCACGACGAAAUACUAUUUUCCAUCUUUCUUUCAAUGUUAUUUUUGUAUGCUGAUUCUUCUCUCUCUCUCGUUGUUUAAUAACAACACUUAAUUGUAUAUUAAAUUAUAAUGUGCGAAUGUAGAUACUUAAGUGAAUGAUUUAGAUGAUAUCCUGUUACACAUAUGUGACAUAGGCGAUUGCAAUCGACCAGAUGUCUAUUAAAGACUUAUAAUCAGUCAUAUAAGUUGCGGGUCUGACAAUUCUACGUACAAUUUUUAAUUAGUCUGAAGAAUGUAGGUUCUAUUUGAUCUUUCAUUUUCUAUUUUUACUGUGCGAAAUAAUGCGACUCGUAUAAUUAAGACUUGUCAAAUUUGUAGCAUCUGCAAUAUGUUUAUGUUUACAAUUCAAUGUGUAUAUAUAUAUAUAUAUUAUAUAUAAUCUAUUUGUU